AUGGCAAUGAAGAAAUUGGGAUUAACUCAAAGAUCUUUACAAAGAAUGAAUUAUUUUGAAUACAUGACAUCUAAUACUAGUUAACAAGAUUAUUUUUUAUAUUUACAUGCUAUUGCUAUGAAUAUUCAAAAACUUCAAUAAGAAAUUGCUAAAAUGAAUUAAAAAGAUAAAUCAAUUGAUUGCACUGAUACACGAAAUGUUGAAGAAAUAAUUGCUCUACUAGAUGAAAGAAUGAAACCAAAAAAUCAUACUAGUAGUUAACCUUGUGUAAAUUCUAAUAGAGAUAGAACAAUUGAAAGAGAUGAUUCAUUAGUAUGUGAAAUGAAUGCUAAAUAAAAAAUUAUCAGAUUAAAAAAUUAAAGAAUUAAAUCUAUAACAGAAAGAAAUACUCUAUAAUAUAAUUAAUAAGCUAGUCAGAAUUCUAUUUGUAAUUCUUCAAGUCCUGAAAAAUACAUUUUAAAAAGUAUAUUAUAAAUUAAUAAAAUUAGAAUUGGUUAUUUCAAAUAAUCAAAGUAUAGCAGACUUAUUUUAGAAAUAAUAGGCUUCAAUUGAUGUAAGUACAAUGGAAUAAUUAAAUGAAUCAAUGAGAAGACAUUUACCUGAUAAAAAUAUUGUAAUAAUGACAGGGAUUUAACAUAGAUUAAACGAUCAUCAAAAUCAAAAGAAAUCUAUGGAUGAGUUUAUGUAAAAAAUAACAAAGCUUAGAAGUCUUUCUCAAUAAUCCAUAGAUUCUGGUAGGAAAUUACCAAACUUAAAUAUCAAAUUAACAAAAUAAAAGUAACCAAACGUGAUUUCAACAAAAUUAGAAAUGAUGUUAAGAAAAGAAAAAAUGAUUAGAGAAGAACCAUUAAAAAUACAUUAAGUAAAGCUAGGUAAUAUCAUGGGUGUGAUAUCUAAAAUACGAAAUCAAUAAACAAGAUUGAAAAUGUUUCAUUAACUAAAUAAUGAUCUUUCAUGA